UUUUCCGCGCCUGCGGGGGCGGGGCGGGAGGGCGGAGUCUUCGACUAUUUCUGGCGGCGCCGGGCUUUGCUGGGACAGUGGCGGCCCGGCCCCGGACACAGCCUGAGCCAGGGCGAUGCUGAAGAUUAUGACAUUCUUCCAAGGCCUGCCAGGCCAGCAGACUGUCCGAGGGGUUCUUGACCUCCCCGGAAGCUCCCAGAAGUUGCCCUCCACCUCAGAGGCGGAAUCGGAGGCCUCCAUGUCAGAGGCCUCUUCCGAGGACCUGGUGCCACCCCCAGAGGCCAAGGGAGCCCCGGACACCGAUGAGGUCGAGGCUACCAAGAAGAAGAAGAAGAGGCCAAAAGGACUGGCCAACAUGUUCAGCGUCUUCACCAAAGGAAGGAAGAAGAAGGGUCAGCCCAGCCCAGCAGCACCAGAGGGCCAGCCAGAGUCCCAGCCUGAGCUGAGUGGCCCGCUGCCCACAGUGGAGGAGCUCAAGGCGGACCUGGAGCGCGGGCGGCUGGAGGCGGCGCGGCCGCUGCUCCUGCUGGAGCGCGAGCUGCGGGCGGCGGGGACCCGUGGUCUGAGACUGAGAAGCAGGGAUGGGCAGGGCGAUCGAGUUCUGGGCCUGCCAGAGACUGAGGCUGCGAAGGUGGGCUCCUGUGCGGGUGGUGCUGCCGAAGGGGUGCGGGCUUCCUCACGCCAGCCCCCCUGUGCCUGCAGUGACAUCAUCAACAGCCCCAAGCUGGCUGGGGAGCUACAGAGACUGAGGCUGGGGAGCCUCCUGCCCCCCCGGCAGAUCCGGCUGCUGGAGGCCACGUUCCUGUCCAAUGAGAUGGCCAGUGUGAAGGAGCUGACGGCCCGUGCCCUGGAUCUAGAGUGUCAGCGCUGGACCCGGGAUGUGGCUCCCCAGAGGCUGGACAGCCACUGUCACAGCGAGCUGGCCAUCGACAUCAUCCAGAUCCUCUCCCAGAGCCAGGCCAAGGCUGAGAGCAUCACCCUUGACCUGGGCACGCAGAUAAAGCAGGUGCUGCUGGCGGAGCUGGCCACGUUCCUGAGGAGCUACCAGCGAACCUUUGAUGAAUUUCUGGAGAGAGGCAAACAGCUGAGAAAUUACAGGGCCAAUGUCAUUGCCAAUAUCAACAACUGCCUGUCCUUCCGGACAGCCAUGCAGCAGAGGUGGCAGACACAAGACCUCCCGGGCCACCUGCUGGCCCCCUUGAGUGAGCUCAAGAGUCACGGCUUUGACACCCUGCUCCAGAGCCUGUUUGGGGGCCUGAAGCCGCUGUUUAAGAGGUUUACGCAGACCCGCUGGGCCGCCCCCGCACAGACCCUGGAGGAAAUCAUCGCCGCCGUGGGUGAGCGGCUGCCUGAGUUUUCGGCACUGCAAGACUGUUUCCGGGAGGAGCUCAUGGAGGCUGUGCACCUGCACCUGGUGAAGGAGUACAUCGUCCGCCUCAGCAAGCGGAGCCUGGUCCUCAAGACCUCGGAGCAGCAGCAGCAGCUGGCGGGUCACAUCCAGGCCAGUGCCGACCUCAUCCAGCGCUUCUGCACUCAGAACGGCUCCCCAGCGGCCUGGCUGCAUCACGCCCUCCCCAAGCUUGCCGAGAUCAUUCGCCUGCAAGACCCCAGUGCCAUCAAGAUUGAGGUGGCCACUUAUGCCACCUGGUACCCUGACUUCAGCAAGGGCCACUUGAGUGCCAUCUUGGCCAUCAAGGGAAACCUGUCGAGCAGUGAGGUCAAGAGCAUCCGAAGCAUCCUGGAUGUCAGCACAGGAACACAUGAGCCCUUCAAGUCCCUAUUUUCACUUAUAAAAGUUGGUUAGCUUUUCCUGCCACCUGAUCUGCUUUGAGCACCCAGGAAGCAUCGGACAGCACCCCCCUUGGUGGGCAACCACCCCACUUGGGGUCAGUUUAGACCAGUGCCCCGCUUCUUGGCCCCUCAGGAGGCUUCCUGCCUGUUGCUGCUGCUUCUGCCCAGCAUGGCUAAGGCAUGAGCCCCUGGGGAGCUCGGAUUGGAGGGGCCCCCGUUUGUUUACCUGCCUGGCUUGGGGCGGGACACCCAGCUGGGUUCAGCACGUCUAUGGAAUUGAAGGCAGAAUUGGAAAGGAAAGAAGGAGAGAUGAAUUUUCAUCUAGGGCCUGGGCCUCCUGGGUCCUCCACACUUGGACAGGGGCACCUCCACGGGUCCUCUGCGAAGUCAGCCUGAGGUCUGGAUAGGGCACACUUGACCUCUGACCCCUUGGCCUCUGUAUCAGUGUCCUAUUGCUGCUGUAAUCCAUUUCCACACACGUGAUAGUUUCAACCAGAACUUAUCUUUCAGUUCUGGAGGCCAGAAGUCUGACUUCUGUCUCAUGGGCUAAAACCAAGGUCUCAGCAGGGCUGGUUCCUUCUGGAGGCUCCAGAGGGACUCUCCUUGCUUUUCCCAGUUUUUAGUGGCCGCCUGAGUAUCUUGGCCCCUGGCUGCCUUCCAUCUUCAAAGCCAGCAGCGGCCCGUCAGGUUCUUUUCACAUCACAGACCUCCUCUCUUGGCCCCCGUUUUCCACUUUUAAGGAUGCUUUUGAUGACCUUUGGCCCACCUAGAUAAUCUGGGAUCACCCCUUAUUUUAAGGUUAGCUGGUCAGCAGCCUUAAUUCCCCCUGCGACCUCAGCCCCUUGGCCUCGGACCCUGACAUCAUCACAGCUCCAGGUGUCAGGAUGUGGGCAUCUGGGGGGGAGGCAUUAUUUUGCCCCCUGCAGCCUUCCUGCAUCCCUGCCCUGCAGGGCACCUAUCCGACCCCGGGAACGUAUGGCCUCCGUUGCGCUCUCAGGCCUCUGCCCACCCACAGGCCCCUCCAGCUCUGGCAGGUGCAGUUUGGACUUGGGCGUGCCUCAGCCAUGGGCCUCUGAGCACUGCGCCGGGCGUGUCCCCUCUUUCCAGGUACUGUGGCCAGGAGCCGCCCUUGUAAAUGGGCACAAAGGCCUCUGUACAUCAAUAGGAGUUAGUGUGUUUGAUGUUGUUAAUAUUAUUUUUGAUAGUAUUGCUUUUGUAUGUAUGUACCCAGGACACGGUCCAGAUUUUUACAGCUUAAUAUAAAAAACUAAUUUCAAAAGCG